UGUGAUUAAAUUUUCACCAUAAAAUUGGUUGCGGAAACCGGAUUUAGUUUUCCGGUUCUCAUUACCUUGUGUAAGCAGCAUAGCAAAGGGAGAGCUUUCAGAAGCAACACUGAAGGUAAAUUAUUCCAUAACGUAAGGGAACGAUGCUACGAAACAGUUUGUCAAGAUUAUUGCAGUCAACAAAAAUAACUGAACCAGCCAGAAAUGUCGCUGUAUUAUCAUCACUAUCAUCGCAGAAAUUUGGCACGUGCAUUCAAGUUUCUCAGAGUAGUGUAAUAACAAAUACGUUGUGGUCAGCUGCAUACCUUCCCAACACUUCGCCACAGUACACAAGCAAGAGAUAUUCAGGCACAGAUGCAAGUUUGUUCAAACGCUUCAUAAAAAAGAUGGGACUGUUGAAAUAUUCAAGGACGAAACUGAAAAGGUCUGGUUUUCUCCUGUAUUCUGACUUGACUGAGAAAGUGAGGGUUGAUGAAUUUUUUGAGGUGUGUGAUCUCCCAGACACAUUUUUCUCCUGGUUUUUGGUGACUGAGCUUCACAUUUGGAUGCUGAUGGUGCGGCUAAUGGCCGAGGGAAAUGAAGGAAGGUUCACCAGAAAUGCUCUCAUAGAGGCAUUGUGGGAAGAUGCAGAUGCGAGAUCGAAAAAGCUUGGGGCAGCUUCUUUAAGCAUACGAAAAGAACAGAUGGAAGCAAUCAACUCCUCAUUCCAAGCGGCAUUGUUUGGCUACGAUGAAGCUCUGAUUGAAGAUGACCGUGUUUUAGCGGGUGCUCUGUGGCGGAGGCUGUUCUCCAAGAAGUGUGAAGAUCCGGAGAGGCUGGAGUGUUGUGUGCAUUAUGUUAGGAAACAGAUUGCAUUGCUGGACAGCUUAUCUAGAGAAGAAGUCUUGAUGGACUGCAAAGUAAAAUGGGUUCCACUUCUGGAGAGAGAAUAAAUAUAUUCAUGACUGCUUUCCCAGAAAUCUACCUCAGUGAUAAAGUGCAACUUCUGAGAAUAAAUUUCAGUUAUGAUGCAUCUAUUUAAUGUUAUUAGUAUCACUAUCAAAGGUGAAAUUAUUAGAAUACAAUGAAUGUUAAUACAGGUGGCAUUUGGAAAAAACAGAAAAAGUUGUGAACUUGGAGGAUUUCUUUUUCACUCUGAGGUGUGCUGUGCUUACUUCUGACCUUGUAUCAGGGAUGCAUGUUAGUGUCUGAUUUUGUAAAUAUGUAAUAUAAAUGUGUUGAUGUUUUA